AAUGAACUGACGAGAUAGCACUAAUUACUCAGUGGGGUCAUUUGAUUCUCGUGCUCUCGGAAUGGAUUGCAGCUACCAACCUUCCGCAUACUCUUCUUUUCACCCCGUGCAAUAACUUUCUUACAGGUUUGACGAGAACUUACCUAUAGCUGGUUGCUACGCAGAAAUGUUUGAUAAAGAUGCUAAAAGUUCCCUGAGGGCCUUGAGCCUUCUUUUAGAACAGUGUGGGAAAGAUGACCUCCACUUCGUCUUUGACCAAGCACACGUGUCUCUUCGCUCUCUUCUUUUCAGGGAGUAUGCAUACGUUUCAAAAAACAUUUCUUUCAGGAAUUUGAGGAACGAUGAAAUUGAGUCCAUAUACAAGUUGUAUCGUCAGCUAUUCAACGUUUCGAUCGGUUUUGACAAAUCUCGGACCUCUGUUGAAUUCCUUGACGAUAUGAGCAGUACAUUGUUUUUAGUAACCACUAAGAAUCCUGGUCGGAACUUGUGGGAUUCGCUGUCUGAAGAGUGUAGUUUGGCGAUUAUUUUGUCACUGAAUUCUUUUUUCUCAUCCAUAAAACACAAGCAAGUUCUCUGAUUGGAGUCAUUUAUUCUGUAGUGACUUGAUAUCUGUGUUCGCACCAGACAACUUGCCGACAAUUAGUCAUAUUUGCUCCUUCCUACUGAAUCUGAGUGAACACUCUAAGAAUCGUGAUAUAUGUUUGAAUUCCCUUUACACUCUGUCACUAAUAGCGGUUCCUAUGGAUAAUAUUUGUGGCGCUGGUGACUCAUCUGCACUUUUCAUCAAUUCAAUGAAGAGUCUUCUUCCAGGAUUUUCUCAUACGUUCCACAGGAUUAUAACUGGUGACGACAGGAGAAGUUCUAGUGUCAAGGAGGCUGCUUUUAAUGCAUGGUCUUCCAUCUUAACUUCUGUUUUCAAAAAGGAGUGUAGCUGUGAUGCAGAUUUACAGAAAAGGAAACUUCCAAGGGAGUCAGAAGCUGAAUCUUCGGAAUGGAUUGCAACAACUGUGUCACACAUAACCACCUUAGUUUCUGGAACUAUCGAAAGCACUAUACAUAUUCACUUAGAGCUGGAUAUCAAUGAAAAUGUGCGAUUGUCUACUGCAUUUGCUCGCUGGUUAGGUGUACUAUUGCUUAAAUGCCAAGCACUUACCAACCACGAAAAAGGUCAACGCCUUAGAUACAAUGUGGUUUCUGGUCUGCUCACAUUAGCUUCACAAUCGUCAUUGCGAAGUUCAGUUCUAGAUCAAAGUUUUGAAAAAGAAGGUAACUGUUUAGCUCGAAGCUUGUUAGCUGAAUUUAAUGCACUCUAUGACAACAAGAUGAACUCAAUCACAGUUCCAAAAUCUCUUUCGAAUCUUUUCGGUCACGAAUUAAUAAGAAAAGUUGCUUUUGACUCUUUAACAGAACAAACAAAUUUCCUUAUGAACCAUUUGUUUAGCCUUUUGGAUGAGACACAACUACAAAAGAGAUUUAGAACGAUCCUUGGCCACCUUAUUGUACUCGAUCCAGAGGAUGUUCGCACUUUUGUCUAUUCAUCGGAAUUUUUCCAUCGAUUUUGUUCUGCCCUGGCUAAAUUUCUAACCUUUAAUCUCAGUUCUGUUGAAUUGCAUGAACAAAGUUACUUAUUGCCGGUGAACUACUACUACGAUUCAAGUAGCUGUACGCAGGCAAGCGAAAUACAACCUUCCAAUCUGUUUCGGAAAUCAUUUCAGCAUUUUCGUGAUCAUUCAACUUUGAUGCUACUUCAAGCGAUAGCUGGAAAACUGACGUCCCAAAGAGAAACGGUUGACUUAUUUCUGGAUACAUGUCGAGAUAUUAUGGACGAAAGUGAUCAUUCUCUUCGCAAUUCGUGUCUUUUACUUAUCUUAGGUGGGAUUGCAGGAUAUAUAAAUAAUGAUAAAAUAUCACGGAGUGAACGUAAGCAUGUUAUUUUAAGCCUGUUAAGUUUAUACUUUGAUCCAGAUAUAUUAAACUUGCCUACGCGCCAAUUUGAGGAUGUUGAUACUAGUAGUAUCAAUGACAAUGACAACAACUGUGAAGAUUAUUCAACUUCUUUAUUGCAAAUAUCAACUAAGUUCCCUAGUCUCGAUAAUGAUCAACCUUGUAUGAUGAACACGUAUAAAUCAUGGCCAAUUGAAAAGUCUUCUAAUGAAAAUUUUCUAACGUCUACAACUAAUCAACUGAAGGAUAUUAAAAUGAAUUCACUUACAAUAUGCCUGUUAUUAGAAAUGUUUUGCACUGUAUCACAGAUGAAUACAUUACCUGUUAAUAAUGAUACUUCACAAUCUGUUGAAGAUCAACAUUUUACGGAAUGCUUACGCAUUGGUUUACUGCCAACAAUAUCAUUUGCUUCACGAAAUGAUCUAAUUGGUCAAACUGCACGGGUUUGUUUAGAUCAAGUGGCUAAGAAUUGUAAAUAUUCAAGUAUCAGCGAACUUAUCACAGAUAACGCAGACUACCUGGUUUCUAACAUCACAUUAGAUUUGCAUCGUGUUAGCAUGUUAACUUUAUCGAAUUCACUAAAUCAAAGCACGCCAUCUUCUUUGUCAAAUGAAGCUGAACAAAGCGUAUUAUCAGCCUGCAAUGCUAUAAACACCUUGUUUGAAUAUUCUACAAUUGAUGUGUUACCAAUUUUAAAACCGAUGGUUACACAGAUGCUUUCUUCUUUGGAUCUAACAUAUGAAUAUACAACUGAGCUCUUCCUUUCACCAUUCUACCAGUUAAUGCAUACAUGUUGUAAAUGGAAUCUUCUAUUGGCAGGUAAAUGUUUACAGCAAACAGAUGAUACUUCUUUAGAGGACAAAUCAAAUACAACCAGUCAUGCGAUAAACAACUCCUCAGAAUAUAAUAAAUCGUUAUUAUCCAAUAUAUAUCAAAAGACAUUACGUCGUAUCUCUAAGACACGUUCUCUUCAUCAUAUUGAACCGAUCCAGCCUAUCCAUCAAGAUGCUGAUGAUUCGGAAGGUGAUCAAAGUUGUGUUGAUGAUUUGAAACAAACUGGAAAACAAUCAGGAGAUCAUAUCGAAGAAGAUAUGGAUGAGAAUAAAAGUCGUACAUUCCCAGACCACUUACAAAUAGUUGAAGAAGUAAUGUUACGAUGCAUACAUUUGAUGGCUGAUGGGAAUCCUAAAUUACGCAUACUUUCAAUGAGUGUUUUGAAAGAAGGUUGUCUAGCUAUGCAAUAUGAAAAUGACCUAUUAUUGCCAACCGUUCAUCAUAUAUGGGGUUCUUUGAUGAAAAGAUUUCGAGAUAGACAUGCUAUAGUUGUUGAAAAGGCAUUUGAACUCUUGACUGUAUUGUCUAAAGUUGCUGGAAAUUUUAUUCGAUCACGUGCAUCAUCUGAGAUAAUUCCACCAUUAGUGAUGUUUUUAACACAGGGUGCUUCUGUAAGUGCAUCAGCAUCGAAGUCGUACAAAUACCUCACAUCAUAUCGUGUUCAAAAGCGUUUACUAAAAGAAUUGGGACCACUUUGUCGAGAAGUAACUAGAAAUAUAACCCCUAUUUGCCUAUCUCAUUCAAUCACAUCUUUUUUAUAGAUAAGAUUAUCAUCAAAAUCAUUACAAUCAGUAAUUAAUGUACUUGUCAUAUAUUUAGAUGACUCACAACCAGAAGGGUUACAACAGGCUUCAUUUUCUAGCAUCGAAACUAUGUGGUCCCUUGAUGCUGGAAGCACCUGGGCUGUCCUUAUCAGUCAUCUUACUGAUUUAGAAUUACAAAGUUUAUACUGCCAAAAAUUAGUGAAACCAUUUGAAAUGAUACACGUAAGUGCCUUUAUAUAAUUUUGAUAUAUUGUGUGUCAAGGAUGGCGUAGUACUAUGUGCUGUCUAUCAGAACAUACUCAUUUACUGUGCACUAAUUCUUACUAUCUUCCCCUAUAGCUGUGAAAAAUGAUCCUUAAAGAUGGAGGACUUAAGAAUGCUUCAGAUGUUCGAUAUCUGUUUUCUUCGCGACAUCACCAAUUGCGUGUUGUUGAGUCAUUGUAUGCCCUCUACGUAUGUUAUUCGUGAAGUAUUAGGUAACUAGGGUAGAUCAUUUAAUCAUUCCGUAAGCCUUCAUGCGUUAUGCAUAUCCAAUUAACAUGUAUCCUAGUAGGCUUAUUAUGUAGAUGUAAUCAAACCAAAGCAUAUCACAAUCCAUAAAGUCACUCACUGUUGAUUUUAGCAGUGUAUACAGAUAUAGACUUCAUGACUGAGGUUCGCUGGAAAACGCGAAUCGAUGUUUGAGAAUUCGAAACGACGUCUCAAAGUGGAUGGCAAAAGCAUUUCCCUCAUGUCUUCACUAAAGAAGUAAUAUUUAUCUUUCUUCCCUUUAUCUUCCUUUUGGAUAGGCAGUGUAGCGAAAGUUGUUCCAUUACUCUUUUAUAUGAAUUAUUAUGCUCAAUGCUAUCCAUUUGCUUUAUGCAGUUUUACGGAAAUAAUUUUACGUAUUUCUGUAUAAGGGUUAUUUAUAUAUUCUCUUUUUCUUUCCAAGAUUCCUUAUCGUCAUCAUAACUCAUCAGUAGCACGAAAGGGAAAGAAUUUAAAACUAAAAAAUAUCUCUGUUCUCCUGAAUAGGCUGCAUGGAAUUUGUGCUGAAUAAAUUUACCAAGUGGUUUGAACUAAUCUACUCUGUUUUUAAUCAUUUCUAAUGAUGUGUAAUCUUCCAUUUUCUUCGCUUCCUGUUUAUUUGAUUACAUAUUUUGUAGAUAAGAAAGUGAUUAUUGUAAUUUAAUGAUGGUUAUCAUUAUUAUUUUUAAUAAACCAUUACUGAACAU